AUGGUGCCUGAUCAGCCAAGCAUUCAGCGUCAGAGUUCAUUCCAACACGGUCCAACUCGGAUAUACUAUCGCCAGCAUUCAAGGCCUUUAGUACCUCCUCCUGAGUGUUCGGAUAAUGAAUCAGUUGGUAGUGGAGAGAGUGGUAAUGUUCCUACUUAUACUUCUAUUUACCCUCCUAAUGAGGAUAAAUUAAGUUACAUGCAUUCUGCUCCUGUUUCUCCGCGUUCUUCUUCUGCAUCGAUAGAUUGUGAUCCCUCACCUACCACUUUCCAUGCGCAUCAUGAAUCGGUGGAAAUAAAGUCUCAUGAUACCCAUCCAUACUUGAAGCAUUCGAUUUCAUAUGUUGAUCCAAGGACACGAGGCCAGAGUCAACAAAUUGUUCAAUAUACUGCCUCUAAAGGUUCUUUGAAGUUUUUGCUUUUGCAUGGUAAUCUUGACAUAUGGAUUUAUGAGGCAAGGAAUCUUCCCAAUAUGGAUCUCUUUCAUAAAGCUAUAGGAGAGGUGUUGAACAAAUUACCAGGAAAACUUGGUACACUCACCAGUGAUCCAUACGUCUCGAUAUCCGUGACAACUGCUGUGAUUGGAAGAACUUAUGUGAUUCCUAAUAAUGAAAAUCCUUCAUGGAUGCAACACUUUUAUGUUCCUGUGGCACAUCAUGCUGCUGAAGUGCACUUUCUGGUUAAGGAUAAUGAUAUUCUAGGGUCCCAGCUUAUGGGUAUAGUAUCCAUUCCUGUAGAAAAGAUUCACUCUGGAGGUAAAGUACAAGGUCAUUUUCCAGUCAUCAAUACAAAUGGUAAGCCGUGCAAGCCGGGAGCUCAAUUAAGCUUGUCUAUUCAGUACACCCCAAUGGAAAGGUUAAACUUUGAUCAUCAAGGAGUAGGUGGUGGUCCUGAUUAUCAAGGUGUCCCUUCCACGUACUUUCCGCUGAGAAGAGGUGGAAUAGUUACUUUAUACCAAGAUGCUCAUGUUUUGGAUGAUAGCCUUCCAAAGUUGGAGCUUGAGGAUGGCAUGCCAUAUGUCCAUGGAAAAUGUUGGCAUGAUAUAUUUCAUGCAAUUCGCGGGGCUCGAUAUUUGAUUUACAUUACUGGAUGGUCAGUGUGGCACAAAGUUCAACUAGUUCGUGAUUCUUCUGGUACUGAGGAUAGCAGCACACUUGGAGAACUUCUCAAGGCCAAAUCACAAGAAGGAGUUCGGGUACUACUGCUUUUAUGGGAUGAUCCUACUUCUAGGAACAUCAUGGGCUACAAGACAGAUGGACUGAUGCAAACCCAUGAUGAAGAAACUCGGAGUUACUUCAAGCACUCUGCAGUGCAAGUCCUACUCUGCCCUCGUGUUGCUGGAAAGCGACAUAGUUGGGUUAAAAAGAAGGAAGUGGGAACAAUUUAUACACACCAUCAGAAGACUGUAAUAGUUGAUACUGAUGCUGGAGACAAUAAGAGAAAAAUUAUAGCUUUUCUCGGAGGACUUGAUCUAUGUGAUGGGAGAUAUGAUACUCCACACCACCCUAUUUUCAGCACAUUACAGACUGUGCAUAAGGAUGACUAUCAUAAUCCUACCUUUGCGGCAAAGGUUGCUGGGAGUCCAAGAGAGCCAUGGCAUGACCUGCACUGCAAGAUUGAUGGCCCAGCAGCCUAUGAUGUUCUGACCAACUUUGAGGAGCGGUGGCAUAGGGCGGGAAAGCCUCAUAUCAUCAAAACCCUGAAGAUAUCAUAUGAUGAUGCUUUACUUCGGUUAGAUAGAAUGCCUAACAUACUGGGGAUGUCUGAUGCUCCGCAUCUUGAUGAUAGUGAUCCUAAUGGUUGGCAUGUUCAGAUUUUUCGUUCAAUCGACUCUAGUUCUGUUAAGGGAUUCCCUAAAGACCCAAAAGAAGCCACGUACAAGAACUUGGUUUGUGGGAAGAAUGUUCUUAUUGAUAUGAGCAUACAUUCAGCGUAUGUAAAGGCCAUCCGUGCUGCCCAGCAUUUUAUCUAUAUUGAGAAUCAGUACUUUAUCGGCUCCUCAUUUAAUUGGACCUCUUACAAAGAGCUUGGUGCUAACAAUUUGAUUCCAAUGGAGAUUGCACUUAAAGUAGCGAACAAAAUCAGAGCACAUGAAAGGUUUGCAGUAUACAUUGUUAUCCCAAUGUGGCCAGAGGGGAAUCCGACUAGCGCUCCCACUCAAGCAAUAUUGUUUUGGCAGCACAAAACAAUGCAAAUGAUGUAUGAGACAAUAUACAAGGCUUUAGUGGAAGUCGGACUUGAAGAUGCAUUUUCACCACAAGAUUACUUGAACUUCUACUGUCUAGGGAACAGGGAGGAAUUCAGCGACGACGAAUCAGCUGAGGGUCUUGGUGCUGGAACACCUCAGGGACUUUGUCGGAAGAGCAGAAGAUUCAUGAUAUAUGUCCAUUCAAAAGGCAUGAUAGUAGACGAUGAGUACAUUAUUAUGGGGUCUGCGAAUAUCAAUCAACGUUCCUUAGAAGGCACUAGAGACACAGAGAUUGCCAUGGGAGCCUAUCAACCAUAUCAUACAUGGGCAACAAGAACGUCUGGCCCCAGAGGACAGAUACACGGAUACAGAAUGUCAUUGUGGGUAGAGCAUCUGGGAGUGAUGGAGGAGUGCUUUACGAGACCAGAAUCUCUGGAAUGCGCGAGAAGGGUGAGAUUGAUGGGGGAGUUGAACUGGAAGAUAUUUUCAGCAGAUGAAGUAAUAAGUAUGAGGGGACAUCUGAUCAAGUAUCCUGUUCAAGUAGAAAGAAAAGGGAAGGUCAAACCUCUGCAUGGAUGCGAGAGUUUUUUAGAUGUAGGCGGGCGUAUAGUGGGAUCAUUUAUGGGCAUUCAAGAAAACCUUACCAUUUAAUCACUAAAUGCGCAGAAUUCAGGAUUUCUUUUCUUUUCUUCGUUUUGCCAUAUGCUAAUGUCAGAGCUUACAACCUUCAUAUAUAUAGUGGGUGUUUGGCUGGGGCUUUUAAGCCCCGCUUCUGGAGUUUUAAGUUAGAAGCACUUUUUCGUACCGUUUGUGUAAAAAGUCGAGAAGCACUUAUAAAAAGCUAGGAUUCCUAGCUUUUGUUUCACGACUUCUACUUUUUUCCCAAACACUUUAAUCACUUAUAAGUCUUAACUAACUUCUAACUUAUACUUCAAUUUUUUAUUUUAAGUAAGAAGCACUUAUUUUAAGCUCACCCAAACGGCCCCAUAGUGUCCUGUUGAUUACAAUAUCCACCUGCUCAAAGCUCAACAUAACAUAUGACUACUAUACGACCCU